UAAAAACUCCGUUCGUUUGCUGGAAGCUGUGGAUGAGACGCUCAGAAACACUUUAACAAUGAACCACACACGUUCCACGUUCCUCGAGUCUGUAUCCAACAAGCUUUUGACUUACAGGAAGUUAUAAACACAAAGGCAAGCCUUGAAUAACAUGACCUAACGCCCACUCAAGGUUAUUAAUGACGUACACUCACAAAACUUCCACAACUUGUUUUCGAGAGAAGAAAAUUUAUUCGCCAAUAAACAACGUAAGAACAAGGACGUGUCAUCCAACGCUUGCGCAAAGUUGAACAUCACAUUUGCUGGACGAUUAAGAUCUUUUACUGUAUUUGUACUUUGAGUUAUUCCAGAGCUCAGAGAGAUUAUUAUGAAUCGAACUUGUGUAUCCAAUAUUUCAGAUUAUGGUUAUUAUGAUCCUGGCUAUUUUCAACGUAGCGACCCAAUGGGAGGUCGUUCGUCGUGGUAUGAUUCACAAAACCUCAGUGAUUUAGUGAAGAUGAGCAUUAUGGGAGACCAAGGAAGUUUCGACUAUUCACCAGACUCUUCAGGAAAUACACGCACUCAGGCAGAUGUUCAAAGCCAACUAUUGGUCUACAAGACUCAGCAAAUCGCCCAAUCACAUAGUUUCGAUGACUGCACGUGUUCAUCUUAUUCCUCAGACGUGCCUCACUGCACUUGUGAUAAAUCUAAUCCAUUGAAACCAAGUUUGGAACUAGAUCCAGGGAUGGCUAAUAAAGUCACUCAAGAGAAAUGGAUCAGUGAUGCUGAAUACAACCGCAUACAACUACUUCAAUCCCUAGCUGUCCCUGAUCCAAGCCAGGAUUAUUCUUAUUAUCCUUACGAGAGCAGCAUUUAUGAACCUGAAGUACCACAAACAACACCCCUGCAAAAUCCCAUCGUUGGAAAGACGUCGACGCUUACCGGGUUCCAACGAGUUCCCAGCGAACCUUCGCUGAAUGUGCCCAGCCCAAUAACCAGUCCUGUGCUCAAGACAAAGACAUCACGACCAAGACUAUGUCACUUUCUGUUCGAAUUACUGGCCAAUCCAGCACAAUAUUCGGAUAUCAUCGAGUGGGUGGACAGGGAAAAAGGUGUGUUCAAGUUCCUCAACUCAGCUGAAGUUGCCUCGCAAUGGGGAAGACGAAGAAACAAACCUCACAUGAAGUACGAGAACUUCGCGAGAUCGUUACGAACCUACAUUGCGAAGGGGAUUCUAACGAAACCACGAAGUAAACUGGUUUAUCGCUUCACCAGUAAGGUUUACUAAACCCAGACAUAACAUUUGCUGGCCGGAUGUUGAACUUUUUUCUCUCCUAAAGGAAAGGAGUGUUUCGAUGAAGAUGAGGGGAUUAGCAAAAGCGUUUGGUAUUUGAAAUUACUUUCAAAAGUAUUUCAGAACUUUGAAAUACAAGCCAACGUUUAACGAACACUAUUUAAAUAUUUUAUAUGAAAGGCUUGUGUUAGGAUGGUUUUAAAUCGUAUAAGCAUUUUAUUCAUUUAUUUCUUGUUGUUUGGACUGAAAGAAACGCAAUUUUUUCUACCAAACUCGGUAUCUUUAUAUACAGCUUUACAAAUCGAGGCACUAAAUUGACGCAGGAUAUUAUUUUGAAAUCGAAAACAUACUUUCUUUCCGAUCGCAUUCCAUGGUAUUUCACACA